AUGCCAUCCGCGCUCCGACCAGACUGCCGGGCGAAGGACCGGCUACGACGUUGGCUGCCGGAGGUCUCACUGCAUGCGAACACAUCAUCCAGCCUCCCCGUAGGUCUUACAGAACAUGACAUCAUGCUCAUACGAGACACCUUCGAGCAUGCGUGGGCAGAUUCAACACUCGAGGUAUAUGGCUCCGGGUUAAUGGCUUUCCACGUCAUGUGCGAUCGCCGAGAGCUUGCCGAGCAGGAGCGCGCACCGGUACGAGACAUCACCCUCCAGUAUUUCAUCGCAUCUCUGGCGGGAGCUUACAACGGAGACACCAUCCGUAACUAUGUGUACGGCGUGCGGGCAUGGCACAUCCUCCACGGUGUACCCUGGCAGCGCAACAAAGACGAACUAGAGACACUGAUGCGCGCAGCAUUACGACUCACACCGCCGUCUACGCGGCGAAAGCAACGCCUACCAUGGACCACGGAUUUCCUAGCUGCGAUCCAACCAAAGCUGGAUGUAGAUUCACCACUAGGAGCAGCCGUCUGGGCGUGCGCGACGGUGGGGUUUUACAGCCUCGCGCGUCUCGGAGAGAUCACCGUACCAUCCAUCAAAGACUUCACUGCACAGCAUCACGUGGCACGACGGCAUGCAAGACAAGAGACCGACAGGCAAGGACUUGCUGUCUGGACAAUCCGCCUGCCUACGACAAAGUCGGCGCCGAGCGGAGAGAACAUCAGCUUCGCACGCCAAGAUGGUGUGACCGACCCGGAGGCAGCGUUGCUCGCACACUUCCGCAUCAACAACCCGGGCUCCGACAACGCACUCUUCACCUACCAGCAUGCUGACAGACGAGGGCGAAAGAGGCUGCGACCUUUGACGAAGGCACAGUUCAUCAAAGCCAUAGGAGAUGCAGCGAAUCGAGCCGCAGUUGACCCGCUCCAAGGGCAUGGCAUGCGAAUAGGAGGGACACUCGAGUACCUACUCCGAGGAACCCCCUUUGACGUCGUAAAGACAAUGGGGCGCUGGCAGAGCGAUGCAUUCCAGCUCUACCUCCGGAAACACGCGCAGAUCCUCGCACCAUAUCUUCAGCGCGAGUCGAGCACCCAUGGUGAUUUCAUACGAUAUACCAUGCCACCGGUCAGGUGA